UGGCCCAGCCGCGCGCGCGGGGAACGUUCUGGGGAGGUCGGUUCCUCAGGGCCCGGUUCCGCCAGCGCAGAGCCGCCGCCGCCCCGCCGCCCCUCGGCCGGGCGCCGAUGCCCGCCGAGCCCGGGAGGCCCCGCCGCGGGCCCGGGCCAUGAGCCUGCUGGGCGGCCUCGCCCCCUCGCCGCGGGCCGCGCCGCCGACCGCCAAGGCCGGGAUGAAAAAGCUCCCGAAGAGGAGCCAGAACGAGAAGUACCGGCUCAAGUACCUGCGGCUGCGCAAAGCCGCCAAAGCCACGGUGUUUGAAAAUGCUGCUAUUUGUGAUGAGAUUGCUCGUCUUGAGGAAAAAUUUCUUAAAGCAAAAGAAGAAAGACGGUACUUGCUAAAGAAGCUUCUCCAACUUCAGGCUCUAACUGAAGGGGAAGUACAGGCUGCAGCUCCUUCUCACAGCUCCACUUUGCCCCUGACUUACGGUGUGGCCAGCUCUGUGGGAACUCUACAGGGAGCUGGGCCCAUUUCUGGGCCUAGCACUGGGGCUGAGGAACCAUUUGGGAAGAAAUCUAAGAAGGAGAAAAAAGAAAAAGGCAAAGAGAACAACAAACUGGAAGUUCUGAAGAAAACAUCCAAGAAAAAGAAAAUGGAGGGAGGUGCUCGCAAGCUGGUUCAGCCCAUUGCUCUGGAUCCCUCAGGACGGCCUGUGUUCCCCAUCGGACUGGGGGGUCUAACAGUAUAUAGCCUGGGGGAGAUCAUCACCGACCGACCUGGCUUCCAUGACGAGAGUGCCAUCUACCCUGUGGGCUACUGCAGUACUCGAAUAUAUGCCAGCAUGAAGUGCCCAGACCAAAAGUGUCUAUAUACCUGUCAGAUCAAGGAUGGUGGUAUGCAACCUCAGUUUGAAAUUGUUCCUGAAGAUGACCCUCAGAAUGCCAUUGUCAGUUCUUCUGCAAAUGCCUGUCAUGCAGAACUACUCAAGGCUAUAAGUGCUACUAUGGGGAAACUAAUGUCUCACCUGCUUCCAGCUGGAGCUGACUUUUUUGGGUUUUCUCAUCCAACCAUCCACAACCUGAUCCAGAGUUGUCCAGGAGCUCGAAAAUGUGUCAAUUACCAGUGGGUGAAAUUUGAUGUGUGCAAACCUGGAGAUGGGCAGCUGCCCCAAGGACCGCUGGAGAAUGAUGCAGCUGUGAGCUUUGAAGCCUUUCAGAGACAGACCUUUGAUGAAGGUCAUAAUGAUCCCAUUCUACAAGGAUCCUUGGACCUCCCGGAACUUCAGUCCACAGCCUUUGUGUCAUCUUACCAACCCAUGUUCCUGACACAUGAACCCUUGGUCAGUGAUCACCUAGAGCACUUGAAGUCUCCAUCGCAGUGUAGCCCAGUGCAGUCUUCAGAUUGAACAAGACGGGAUCAGAUGCCACAUCAUUUCAUCAUGAUGAUUUUAACUUAAACUAAAACUUAAAGUAUUUGGAGAGAGAAGGCAGCAAUUUAGAAGUGAAGAAAAUAUUAAAUUAACCCAUUUUGUCAUGGAGGUUCCCAUGCUGACAGUUUUCCCUGAGAAAAACUUCACCUACUUUAUUUUUAGUAAUAAAUUUCUCUUGACAAUUCUGCUUAUUUUCAUCUUGUCAUUGGGAUAUAAUCUCUUUUGCUUCACUCUGCCUCAGGUAGAGUAAACUUACGUCCUUUAUUAACCAGCAUGAGAGAUGGCUGCUGACUCAUGAAAGACUAAGAUUCUGAUAACCUUCUACCCUUUUGAUUCUGAUCCUGCUUUGAGGAAUAUUAAGUCCCAGCCCCUGCACCCGAAGUGGCUGUUUUAUUUUUGUGUCAGCAUCACCAAAAUCACACCCUGCUCAUCCCCAAGCUGGAGAGUCCAGCCCAAGGCACACUUCAUCCAUUUCUUCACAUUUCACAUAUCCUUUGAGAAGAUCAGAAAGUUAUCUUUUAACACUUUCUACAUCUUCUUUGUGGUUUCUUAUUGGAGAAUGUGCUUUUAAUUAAGUACUUUGAAACUAUAACACAAAUCUAGAUAUGACUGGGGACUGGCUCUCAGCCUCCAUAACAGACUUACCCUUCAUUUCAUUAACCAUGUGAUAACAUACCUCUGCAUUCAGUGCAACUGAAUUGUCUGGACCCUACUUAUGGCUUUACCACAUCACCUCAUCCCACCGCUCCACAGCAGCUGGCUGGAUGGGCAGUGAGGAUCCUUCCUAGUACUAGGGCUGGCUGGAAUGGGCAGGAACAAAAGGACCCCAGAAGCAGCAGAUUGGGGAGGGAGUGGUGAGAACUGGAUCGUUAGUGCUACAAUUCAUGACUACAAUUCAGGGACACUGCAAAUGGGAUUAACAUUUUAUAGGGAUGAAUCUGGCCAGCGGAGGGAGGGGCUUGGGUGGUGUUCAGAGCACACCACACACUGGUCACUACAAAGUAUCAGAAGCAAGUAACAUUCAUUUUAUAAGUUUAUAUGGCUUUUACAGUGCAAAAGUUAAUUAUAAUUUAAAUUAUGGAAAAUCAAGGGUGGAAAGGGUAUUACUCAAAGCUGUUAAUGUUUUAAUAUUUUUCUUUUACCUUUGUUAAGUUGCCUGAAUAUAUCUGUACUUACAGAAAUGA